GAAAGUUGCGUAGCAACGCCCACCGUCAAACAGCUGAUAAACGUCAACGACAAUGUCCAGCGAUUACCAAAUAAACACGGCACUAAUUUGAGUCCCUCGCGAGAAUAUGGCGCAUCCGACGUCGAACGGCACGCAAAAUUUUAAGGUCGUGCUCUUGGGCGAAGGUUGCGUGGGUAAGACGAGUCUCGUGCUCCGUUACGUCGAAGAUAAGUUCAACAGCAAUCACAUAAGCACGGUGCAGGCGUCGUUCUUGACGAAGAAAAUCAACAUCGACGGCAAACGGAUAAACCUAGCCAUAUGGGACACCGCGGGGCAGGAAAAGUUCCACGCGCUGGGCCCGAUUUACUAUCGGUCGUCGAACGGGGCCGUCUUGGUUUACGACAUCACCGACGAGGAUUCAUUCCAAAAGGUGAAGAGUUGGGUGAAGGAGCUGCGAAAAAUGCUUGGCAGCGAGUUGUGCCUCGUCAUCGCAGGCAACAAGAUAGACUUGGAGAAGGACAGAACGGUGUCACGGGAGAUCGCGGAAGAGUACGCGGGCAAGGUGGGGGCGGUCCAUUUCGAGACGUCAGCGAAGUUAAACGAAGGCGUCGACGACAUGUUCGUCGCUUUGUCGAGGCGCAUGCUGACGGUUAGCGAGGAGAAGGACGCGUCUGACAACAACCCACUGUCGCGGCAAAACUCGCAACGGAGAGUGGUCGUCGUCGACGACGAGGAGCAGGCAGCCGCCGCCGCCCAGCAGUCUCGGUCCUGCUGCUCGGCCUCGUAAAUGUACGUCCUAACCUUUAGUUUUUAUUGUGAUAUAUAUAAUUAUUGUUACAUUUUAAGCGAAUAAUUUUAAAUAUAACAGGUUGUAAUUGGAGUUUUGAGGUUGGGAUUCGCCUUUACGCGUACGCGGUACGUUUGAACUAUCGGCGAAAUAUAGCGCCGUGUUUUUGCGUUUUCUUUAAGGAUCCCCGAGUGUUGAAAACGU